AUGGAAAGGGAAAUUGCUCGAAGGGCUAGGGAACGUGCUGAACAGGAAAGACUGGAAAUGUUGAGGAAGGAAAAGGAACGAAUUGAACAAGAACAAAUGGAAGCUGAAAAAAGGGAGAGGGAACGAUUGGAACAGGAAAGGAGAGAAAGGGAAAUGAUUGAAGCCGCUAUACUUGCUCGCGAACGUAGAGACCAAGAACGUCGAGAAGAGAGAGAUAGAGAACGCCAACGCCAAGAGGAGGAACGACUUGAACAAGAGCGGAGACAACGGGAACGUGUAGAGGCUCAACAGCGUGAAAGAGAAAGGCAAAUGCAGGAGCAACAAGAACGCGAUCGGCUAGCACAACUAGAAGCUCAGGCAGCUGAACGGCGAGCACAUCGAGCACUAGAGGAGCAUCAACAACGUGAACGCUUAGAAAUUGAACGACGCGCAGAAGAAUUGAAAGAGUUUGAGAGAUUAGAACAAGAAAAGAGGGAACGUGAAAGAGCAGCAGAAGAAUUAAGACUUGCAGAAUUACGAGAUCAAGAACAGAGAAUGGCGGCUGAACGAGAGAGGGAAAGACGAGAAGCUCAAGAGCGCGAAGAGAGAAGACAAAGAGAAGGUUGGCGUAGCCGGGAGAUGCUUGAACAACUUGCACGUGAGAGAGAUGAGAAGGCUGCUUGGGAAGCGGAGAGGAGACGAUUAUUGGAGGAACAUGAAAUACAAGAACGUAAACGACAGGGACUAACAUCCAAAGAAACUUUGGAGAGAUUGACACGUAAACCUUACUAUUCACGUGAAAAUUUGGCUGAUUAUCCUGAUUUGACUACUAAGGUUGAACGCCAAGUCAUUGAACGUGUUGAUCGAACUCUUUGGACAGACACGACAGAUACACGUCCAGCUUCCCAUAAUGGACUAACCCCUCUCUAUUAUGGCGGUCCAGGCAGCAAUGGAAUGCCUCCACCUCUUUAUGGGGGAGAUUUGGGUGGCCAACAACUUCCUCCUACAGAGGGGGAAGAAUAUACGGGUGGUGGAGGAAGGGAGCCUUCUCGUUUAUAUCAAUCUAGAGCAGAUGAACAAGAUUGGCUAAGACGUGGGGCAUCUAGUAGAACGAGUAAAUAUAGGCAAAGAAUGGAAAGGGCGAGGAAAGAAUUUAUCACUGGGACACCAAGUGAAUAUCCUCCUUCAAGUUAUGACCCAUUGCUAGACCGUUAUCGAAAAUCUACUGAAGAUUUACUUUAUGGCCGUCGACCCCCUUCAGAAUAUCGAGGUCCUUUACUUCAACGUUUCAACAGCGGAGAGUUUUCCCAUCCUCCUGAACCAACUAUUGGACUUGCAAGUGGUUUGGGUCGAAGUCCUUAUGAGCAGGAGGAUUUUCAUCGUUCAAAGUCUGUAUUAGACUCCUACAGUCCUACCUCUCGAGAGCGUCUAAGCCGAAGGGAAUAUACCGAACAAGAAUCAACACAUACACGAAGCAAAUCUGCCGAUUAUUUGAUGGAUCCGAGACGUCCAAGAGAAGAACCAACAAUCCCCGAAAAUGAUUUACAAAAAGGAUUACUUGGCGAACACGAAUUACGUUUUCGAAAAUCGACAGAAAGAAUGCAAGUACCUGAUUGGUAUAGAGAUUAUUAUAGACAACAACAGCCUCCAGGUUAUGGUCCUCCUUCAGCUACUACAAGUGGAGUAUUUUCUGCUGGGACAGCACCGACUGUUUCUACUGGAGUGGGAAUUUUUUAGAUUUAAUUUUCAAUUAAUUCAUUUAUCGAAAAAUUGGGGGAAAUAAUUAAAGUAUGUAGUACCCAUCUUUUCGAGAGAAGUGUAUGAAAUUAAUUUUAACCUUAGAAAUAAAAUUAAAAAUAUCUAACAAUUCUCAUUUUACAGUACCCCUCUUUUUGAGUUUCCCUUUCUUUUCGAACAAAUACUUAAGGAAAGCCAGUUCAGUGC